CUGUCUCUUUCUCUCCCUACUCAUUCGAGUGCAGAGUACAUGAACGGACGUUCCGUGAGCCGAAUCACGCUCGUAACUGGGCUCGGAUGAUGUCAUCUGCUUUUCUCUAAGCUGUGUUUGAAAUUCUUCGGGCCCUAUGCGUGGUCGCACGGAACUAUAGCGGAACGGAGGCGAGGCGUUCUGGACAUCAUAAGCGAAAGGACUAUUUGAACCGACCCCAGCCGCCCCUGCUGUCUUCUCCAUGAGGAUAAAACCCGCCGCUAAUGGCAGCUGCAAUUUUGAUUACACCAGGUCAAAUCCGCGGCUCAGGCUUCCCUCUCAUCUGCGUCGCCUGUAUUCAGCCAAGCGGAAGAACCUUUCCUCUGAGCCAUAGCAACAGGGGAUGGUAACAUUCUGGAUACUAUCUUUCUGUACUUAAUGUGGUUGCCCAGUCGAAGUACAUUUGUUUACUAAACCAAUCGAAGGGCGACUUGUAAUUCAAGGGAUUUGGCUAGUCACAUCUUUCAGAGCUCGAGGUCUGCGUCAGCGUUCCAGCUGUGCCUCAAGGACCUUCGUCUUGACUCUUGAUAGCAAUUUGUUAAAGAGAAACUGACUGGAGGGACUCCUCUGGCCUCCAGCAGGUGUAUUUGAUAAUACUGAAGGUUGUAACAGCGCAAAGCAACCGUGGCGACUUGCAGAAUACAGUGAGGGGAGGCGAAACAAUCCGAAACACAAUUCUGUCACCCUAGUGCCUAUAUUUUUACUGCAGCAUCUUUGAUGGUUGGCUGUUUUAAACUCUUGCUCUCUACCUUUAACCUUAUUUUUUGUUUUAUUCUCAUCCAGUGUGUCGCUUACCGAAGGCCACAAGUGCCUGUUGUUUCGCCCUAAAACCAAUGAACAAGGCUGUCAAUUUGGACAGCUGUUUUAUGACCCUCUGCCUUUCCUGACUAAACAGUCCUAUAGCUAGCUACCUCUAGAAAUUAGACGUGUAUUCUCCCUUUAACAUUGGACUUUCGUUGGAGGCCAAAAGAACCAGGACACUGGAUAUAAUGAUGCAAAGCUGACCACUUGAUCAAGGGAAUGACGGAGAGUGACAUUGUUGCAUACUGUCGUGGAUGCGAGCCCAUUGGAAAGACGCUCUAAAGGUCGAGUGUACCGUAUUCCUUCAUUGCCUUUUAGGAUCACAAGCCCCUGUUGUGUGCGCUGCUGGUGCCCCUGGCGCAAGGUGCUGCUAUCUUGAGAGCAAUAACGCCGUUUGAAUAGACUUGUCGCGCGCAUCUCCGUCUCAGGGCUAAAGAAUGGCCAAUGAACCCGUCAUCCUUAACGUGUAUGAUAUGUACUGGAUCAAUGAGUACACCUCCACACUGGGUAUUGGAGUCUUCCACUCAGGCAUUGAAAUUUAUGGCAGAGAAUUUGCAUAUGGCGGUCACCCAUACCCUUUCAGUGGCAUCUUUGAGAUCAACCCUGGAAAUGCUGCAGAACUGGGAGAGACCUUUAAAUUCAAGGAGGCAAUUGCUCUGGGCACCACAGACUUCACUGAGGAAGACAUUGAUAAGAUCAUGGAGGAGUUGGGUAAAGAGUUCAAAGGAAACGCAUACCAUCUGAUGCACAAAAACUGCAACCACUUCUCCUCUUCUCUCUCAGAGCUAUUGUGUGGACGUGAGAUCCCACGCUGGGUGAACAGACUGGCCUACUUCAGCUCCUGUAUCCCAUUUCUACAGAGCUGCCUGCCUAAGGAGUGGUUGACCCCAGCUGCCCUGCAGAGUCACAUCAGCCUUGGCCUGCACAAAGAGGAGCAGGGUGAGUCCAGUGACGAAGAGCCCUCUUCAGCCUCAGGAGCCACUGCUGCCCCCUCAGGCUCCUCACACAGCUGCCGGCACACCCGCGUCUGACAUACUGGAUACUCGAAAUUUUGAAAACUUGCUGCUGCUGCUCUGUGCAGCUGCUGCUAUACAGUGCCCUCUACUGGCUUGGAUGACCAUCUGACCUCAAACUCUGCCUGUCCAGACGUAGGAGAGGAAUAGAGAAGGUCCUGUUAAUUCAGUGGAGCUAACAGGGAUUUUACAAAAACCUCAUAACCAAUAUCAAAGUCCAUCUGAGUCUUAGGAUUUUUUUGUUCUCUCCCUUUGAGAAGACAUAGUAUUUUCCAAGGUGAUCUUUUCUGUCCUUUUUAAAAGCAUACCUUUCCACUCAAAGGAGUUGGAAGGCGAUGGACAGAUCAGACUGACCACUGUUAGGUCCCAGUUUCUAGUAUUUUCCUCUCCCUUUGUGGUAUUUUAAAAUCAGCAACAAUCAACCUUUAGCCUCCCCAAGCUCUCUUUGUAGAGUAGUUGGAUUUCUGUGACUUUUCAAUAGUUUUAGUCAAAUGUUUUGUUUAUUUUUAGAAGUUAUUUUUCAAGAGAGUGUUACACAUCCAAAUAAUUGAGCCACCGGUAAUUUUUAAUUUUAACAUUUUAUUUUUCAAGUGUUUUAUGGUUUGGG